AUGAAUUCAUCUGUUCUCACAUGCGGGGAGAAGAGGCUGGAUAGUCGUUGUUAUCCCUCUCCGGUCUGUGUUUCUGACGCGGAAUGGAGGUCCCGCGGGACGCUGAGCACGUGGUCUCGGCUGCCACAAGACGUCAGCGGCAGAUGGCACGGGUACCCGCUGCUGGCAUGAGUGUCAUUCCUCAAAGAGAGAGAGAGGGAGAGAAGGGGGAGAGGGAGGGAGAGAGAGAGAGAGAGAGAGAGAGAGAGAGAGAGAGAGAGAGAGAGAGAGAGAGAGAGAGAGAGAGGGGUUGGGUGCUUAUGUUUUAGCUUUUUCCUCUAAUUUGUGGUUUGCAUGAGAAGAAGAAGCAGCAGCGCAGAUUCCCAGGAGCUAUUCGGGACCAUGCAGGGGAACAUGUUGACACUGCCAUUCGAGGAACCUCACAUGAUGUGCGAGCCGCGGUUCGGUGCCAAUUAUCCCCGAGACAGUUUACCUGAGCGCUUGGAGCAGGAGCGCCAGCACAGCCUGGACAGGUCCAACUCCGCGAUGAGGGAGGCCGAGGACGACCUCACCGACCGGGAGGACGACGAGAGGGAGGACGACGGGGACGAGGACGGGCUCCCAAAAAAGCGAGGCCCCCGGAAAAAGAAGGCCGGCAAGGAGCCGGGCGAAAGGGUCAAACACCGGCGCCAUGAAGCCAACGCCCGAGAGCGCAGCAGGAUGCACGGCUUGAACGACGCGCUGGAGAGCCUGCGUAAAGUUGUGCCGUGCUACUCCAAAACUCAGAAACUGUCCAAGAUCGAGACGCUGAGACUGGCUAAAAAUUACAUCUGGGCCCUGUCAGAGACUCUGAGCGCAGGCAAGAGACCGGACCUCCUCGCCUUCGUACAGACUUUGUGCAAAGGAUUAUCUCAGCCCACAACCAACUUGGUGGCCGGUUGUUUGCAGCUGAACGCGAGGAACUUCCUCACGGACCACAACGGAGAGGUCAUGUUCUCCAGCAGGUCGCCCUACGACGCCAUGUACCCGUACCCCGGCACAGACGUGAACACGCCCCCGGGCCACAGCGGCGGCAGCUUGGACAGCAGCGCCAAAACGUUCCGGCACUACAGCUACAGCGGCGCGUACGAGCACUACUACGAGAACCCGUCCCCGGAGAGCGGGAGCCCGCGUUUCGACGGCCAGCUCAGCCCUCCGAUGAACUUUAACGGGAUUUUCUCCAUGAAAAACGAGGAGCCGCCAGACUACAGCAAAAGCGGCCACUACGGCGUGCGCUACUGCGGUGCGCCAGGGCGCGCGGCUCUUGCGCCCAACUCCAUGUACCGCGUCUCCCCAGAGGCCCGUUUUCCCUACGACCUGCACGUCCGCGGCCAGUCCUUCCAAGCACAAGGGGAAGUUAAUGGCUCUUUCCACAAUUAA